AUGGGUGAAAAUGAUUUUAUCUCUGUGCCUUCGUUACCAGAACCAACGACACAGGCGACUAUAACUACAAGCCUCGCGAAUAACAAUAACAAUGCGGCUUCAAUCGUAGAGGUUAAUCUUCCUAAGCCACUAGCUGUUACAAUGAGUUUGUCUGAAUCUAGCGAUUCGAGUAGCAGUAGUUCUGAAUCGGACACCGACAGCAGUUCUGAAUCCGACAGUAGCUCUGAAUCGGACAGUUCGCGAAGAAGUUCCAAAGCUAAGGUAGCCACCGGUCAUCGUGAAAACAGUCCCUUCAAUCUCGUACCAAAACUUUCACCACUACAAAAUUCGACAUCUUUCCGCCCAAACAAGAGUUCACAAGCACCGGCCUGGAGUGGCAAAAGUACCCAACAGUCAUUGCCGAGUGUUCCAACUAUCGAUAUAAAUGAUGGAAACGUUUGUGUGCCUCCUGUGUUACAUCCAACCGAACAACCGCACAAAGUCGUCCAGCCUCCUACUCCACUAGUUCCGACCAAGAUGGAUAGUCCUACUUCGAGACGAAGCUCCAAAACCAAAGUCACCACCGGUCAUCGCAAGAACGGUCUCAUCGAUCUCGUACCAAAACAUUUACCGCUACGAAAUUCGCCGUACUGCCGCCCAAACAAGACUCCACAGGAACCGGCCUGGAGUGCCAGCAAUUCUCAACAGUCAUUGCCGAGUCUUCCAAUUAUCGGCAUGGGUGAAAAUGAUUUUAUCUCUGUGCCUUCGUUACCAGAACCAACGACACAGGCGACUAUAACUACAAGCCUCGCGAAUAACAAUAACAAUGCGGCUUCAAUCGUAGAGGUUAAUCUUCCUAAGCCACUAGCUGUUACAAUGAGUUUGUCUGAAUCUAGUGAUUCGAGUAGCAGUAGUUCUGAAUCGGACACCGACAGCAGUUCUGAAUCGGACAGCUCUUCGGAGGACGAACAUGAUUCUCCGAUGAAAGGACAAAGCUGGGCAGAAGUGGUCAACCAUGCUAAUAUGGUUGUUAAAAACCAAUUGACCAUGGAUCUGUACCUGUCAGAGUCCGACUCGGAUUAG